CAACCGCAAAAUACGGACAGUAAAUCGUGAGCUCCCAGCAAUGUCAGCAAUCACCUCCGCCCCAACUUCUGCCCAGCUUUUGCCCAGCUUUUAUCCGACACCGGAGCCAAGCUUCGUGAACCCGGGUAGCCCCUUCAGCAAUUACGAGCUCCAUCAACUACAGAACCCUAGCUCCCAGCAACCACUGCCGCCUCUGCCUACACCCCAACCUUAUCCGACCCAAGGGCAGAGCUUGAUGAACUCUGCUAGCAACCACGCCAUUUACGAACCUCAUCAACUACAGAUUCUGAGGAAGAGCUUGCCAUGGCUUCGUAGAGAAGAGACGGAUUUACCUGAUCAUCGGUACCCGCAGCCCCCGCCAACUGCGUCCGAGCCCCUCCAGCCUCCACCUACACCUCACGCAUUUGAGCCAUACACGCUAGAGCUGUCACCACAACAAGAAGAUGAGAUGGCCUAUAAGCUGCAUUGAACUGUCUAGACCCGAGCAAUGGCAUUAUCCGUUCUUCUCUCGACGAAUUCAAGCGGGUUGCGCAUACCAGGGGCCUUGUACUGUUAGGGUUUUGCCCACUACAGCACUAUGUCAUAAGUUCGGGCACAUGGACAUCUCACUAUUUAUGCUCCACUCUUGCUUGCUCCAUAGCACUGUAAGGAGUACCCCAGCUAGCAUGUCUUUAGUUAGUUAAAUGGCAAUCUAAUUUCCACUCUGUUGAGUUU